GUGUUUGUGUCUGUGUGGUUCUCUCAAAAUGAAUGUGACUGUUCACAACUCAAACACACCCUUCAACAACUUCACUUAAACCUCUCUCUCUCUCUCUCUCUCUCUCUCUCUCUCUCUCUCUCUCUCUCUCUCUCUCCAUGCUUUUUUUUCUUAUCAAUCAAUGAACUAAAUUAACAAAGAACUAAACUUUACCAACACUAAUUCGUGGGCCAUUUUCUUUUCAUCCAAGAAAAAAAAUCAGGUUGGUAUUGAUCUGCUAUACUAGUGUAGAGGGAUGCCAAACCAGCUAUGGUUUGCACUGCCAAUGAUUUACAAGGGUGGAAGGAUUUUCCAAAGGGACUUAGGGUUCUUCUCCUUGAAGGAGACAACAAUUCUGCUUCUGAAAUAAGAACAAAGCUUGAAUCUAUGGACUAUAAUGUUUCUAUCUUCUACGAUGUGAAUGAAGCUUUGUCGGGGAUCUCAAGUAGUCCCAAAGGCUUCCAUGUUGCCGUAGUCGAGGUGAGUACAAGCUGCCCUGAUGGAGGUUUCAAAUUUCUUGAGAAUGCGAAGGACUUGCCAACCAUUAUGACUUCGAACACUCAUUGCCUGAAUACGAUGAUGAAGUGCAUUGCGCUUGGUGCAGUUGAGUUCUUAACUAAACCGCUUUCCGAGGAUAAGCUGAAAAAUAUUUGGCAGCAUGUAGUUCACAAGGCAUUCAAUGCUGAUAAAAACGCUACGUCUGAACCGCUAAAACCUGUCAAAGAAUCCGUUGAGUCCAUGUCGAUAGAUUUAGAUAAGGUGUCCAAGUUUAGUGAUAACGAACAAGAGCAUUCUGCAGCGAGUGAUAAAUAUCCGGCUCCUUCAACACCACAAUUAAAACAAGUUGCGAGGUUAGUGGAUGAUGGUGAUUGCCAUGAGCAGACUAAUUGCUCAUUAGCAAAAGAAAGUGGAGAACAUGAUGGUAGUGAUUGUAAAUUUGUCGAAACUUCAUGUGAGAAUUUGAACGCCGAAAAUUCUCAACCAACAAAACCUUUGAUUAAGGAGGAAGAGGAUUCUGCCAAUGGUUCGAAGGGUGAGAGCGGUGUUUCAACGAAUCACCAGAGUGAAAAGCUUCUUGGUAAUGCUGGUGGUAAUGCAUCUCCAAAUGAAACAAGUGUUCCUAAGAAUUCAUGUGAAAAUAGAGCUAAUCGGAAGAAGAUGAAAGUAGACUGGACGCCCGACCUGCACAAAAAAUUCGUGAAGGCAGUUGAACAACUAGGCAUUGAUCAAGCUAUUCCUUCUCGUAUAUUGGAGAUAAUGAAAGUCGACGGUUUGACAAGGCAUAACGUUGCAAGCCAUCUUCAGAAAUAUAGAAUGCACAAGAGACAGACCUUGCACACGGAUGAAGAUCGAAAGUGGCCAAAUCAAAGAGAUCAAAUGCAAAGAAACUAUUGUAUGCAAAGACCAAUCAUGGCCUAUCCGCCAUAUCAUUCUAAUCACACCUAUCCUCCAGCUCCUGUAUAUCCUAUGUGGGGACAACCCGGAAGUCAAACAGCCGGUGUACCGAUUUGGGCUCCUCCCGGUUAUCCUAUAUGGCAACAACCUCAAGAAAAUUGGCAUUGGAGGCCUUAUCCGCCCGGGAUGCAUGUGGAUGCAUGGGGUAACCCAAUAUUGCCACCUCCUCAAGCUCCUUGUUAUCCCUACACUCAAAAUAUAACCGGAUUGCAAAAUGCGAAACCAACGGAUUAUAGAUUUGGCAUGCCACGUAAUUCCUUCGAGCAUUUUCCGGCAGAGGAAGUGGUGGACAAGGUUGUGAAAGAGGCAAUAAACAAGCCAUGGCUACCAUUACCAUUAGGACUCAAACCUCCAUCAAUGGACAGUGUUAUGGCUGAACUCACCAAACAAGGCAUCCCAUUUAGCAAGGGAAAGGGUACUACUACUAAUUCCAAACCAUGCUGACGUGUACAUGACCUCAAACGGGUCCCACCAAACAAAAGUUAGUACUUUUGAUGAACAACCAGGCAGGCUGUGGCAGACAUAGAUGGGCCAAUGCCAUGUGGACUGUUGUAAUAAUCUUGUAUCUCUCAAACUUACCCUCUCACUCAGAUUCCAACUCCAACCAAAUUAUUUUCCCCCUUGUGGACCCCACCAUAACACGGACACCCUAUGUAUGCAGCUUCUGGGAAAUGACACAGGAUGAAUGAUGCAUGCAACAAAGAGAUAAAAAGGACAUGACAUGGAUGAUUAUGAUGAUGAUGAUGGAACAUAUUCAUAUUCAUUAUUGCCACUUGAUAAAACCAAGAAAAUAAAAUAAAAAUAUGCAGCUGAGAAAUGGCCACGCAUUUUUGAUUUGUAGGAAUGUUGUUGUUACUAGUGUUAGUGUUGUUGGAGAUGGGGUCAAGUAGAGUUGCCUAAUAAUGGAAAGGGUAGGUAGGUAGGAUAAUGUUUUGAUUGUGAAUAAAUUUAAACAUGAUUGAUGAGUCUAGUUAGCCUUUGGCGGAUACUACUAACUUGUCUUUCUUUAUCACUUCCAUUUUUUAGCUCUUUGCUAAAUUCAGAAUUGUUUUCUACUA